AUGUCUGCAAAUCAGCAGAUCUCUCCAACGCCCAAUCCUACUCCUACAAAUCAACCUUCUUCAAGUUCAGCUUGGACAGAGCCUCCUUGGUCAGGUUGGAUAGAGACUACUGGCGAUGCCUUACUCAUACUCGAAGCCGCCCGUCGUGGUUUAAUACCAAGAGUAACUAGGCGUCUAGUCGAUGCAGAGCGCAAGAUGAUAACCUCUGGCUCAGUCUUUGUCUUCGACGAGGACGAAAGCGGUAUUAAGCGCUGGACCGACGGUUUCUUCUGGAGUCCAAGUCGUAUAUUAGGAAACUUUCUUCUUUAUCGUCAUCGAGGCGUUCGCUCAGACCCUGCCGAAAUGAACGAACAUUCUCAAUACAACGUUGAUGGCGUUCGCCUCGAAGGUCAAACUUUGAGUCGUCCCAAAGGCGAGUCCAGCUCACUGGGCAUCGACAAACACAGGGAACGUGUUCUAGUCGGCAGUCUCACCAAUAGCUACAAAUUCAAAUCUGACGGCCUCAUGAAGAAGACCUUUUCGUUGACAAUCGGUGGUGUAUCACAGCAUCUCAUCUCUUACUACAAAGUCGAAGAUGUAGAGCAAGGACGGUUACGCUCCCCUUCAUCACUUCCUGAACUGGCAUCUCUGGACAUUAGUCCAGAAUACCUCGACAAAACUCACUUUCGCAACCCUCCUAAAGUGGAGAUUGGUGUAGAUGGUGUCCCUCGUUACCGUGGAGAGGCAGAUGAUAUUGAAUCUACCCCUUCUAUGAUUACUGCUCCCCUCUCGUCCGGGCUUCCUCUUCUUACCGACGGUCGCAUCACCGACGGGAAACGAGGAGGGCGCUACACCCCUUACGCUGCCGGCAGUAGCAAACGUUCACGUAAAUCCAAGAGUUCUCAGCCAGAGUCCACAUCUCCGACGGACCAACACGCACCCCCUCUGCCAUCCCCCUCCACUCCUACUACAUCACAAGCUCCGCCACCCCCUACAUACCCUGACCAAGCAGUCUCCAGUCUUCCUACCCAGCCUCACUAUUCUGCCUACCCAACCCCUUCUUACUACGGCGUUCCAGGGUAUUCCACUUCCCAUUCUACUUCCCAUUCCACUACCCAUCCUCCUGUGUACUCGAGUUCGUCGUACCCCACACCGUCCCCGACAACUCCUCACCAGCCACCUCCAGCUCCAUCUCAGCCGUACCCAUACCCUGGGUACGCCGGCGGAUCGGCUAACGCUGAAACACAACAGACCUUAAUUCCUCACCAUCCACCUGCUUCGUACUACCCACCGCCGGCCUCACAACCUCCAUAUGGUAGCUACCCCCCAAGCAACACGUGGCCGGCACCAACGUACGCUGGCUACUCUUCCUCGUCAUCUGGCUCCUCCAGCGCACCCCCGCUUUCUGCCAGUAUAACUGAGCUACCCGACAAACCCUCGGAGGGCCGCGCGGCACCGGAGGCCGGCUCCAAUAGCCCUGCAUGA